CCAGCAACAAAAUGAAGCUGAUUAUUCUGAGCGUUGCUCUUCUGGGAGUUUUCCUGGCCCCUGCCUUGGCCAAUAAUGAUAUCAAUGUAGAGAAUGAGGAUAAUAGAGGGGGAAACUCCCAUCAGUCCGUGAGCAUCGAUAAUCAAAAGCAGGUGGUGAACGUUGACAAUAACAAUGGAUGGCACUCAUGGAACUCCAUUUGGGAUUAUGCCAGUGGCUACACAGCUAUCCGGAUAUUUUCUAAGAAAUCCUGCAUUAUUGCACCUCUGAAUAAGCAAAUAAUACCAGAUGUGACUGUCCUUCCACAAGCCAUCAAGGAAAAGCAGAAGACAGGUGCUCAAGGACCUCCAUCCAAGCAACUGACUUACACAAUCUCCCAUAAUAAAAUCACUGACCUGAGCACAUAUGGGAAGAAUAUUGAAAACCUGUGCAGAGGGAUCCCCACCUACCUUGCCCAUGAAGUUAAAGCACCAAGCUUUGUCUUUUACUCUGGAUCCUGUUUCAGAGCUAACGUCCUUUGGAUCCUUGGAAUCAGCCUUUGUGGCCAAACAUAUGACUACUGAUGAGCCUGGCAAGGGUCUUAUUUGGGAACUUGCUCAAAGUCCAAUUGCUCUUCGAUGAAAAUCUCUUCUGGAUGUUAUUCCUCUUUCGUUCCUUUUAUGCUUGAAGCAUAGAAAAAUGUCAAGUGUAUACAGGUUGACUG